AUGCCUGCCCAGAGACGCCUCCGGAGGUCGCCUCUUGAAUGCGCCCGAUGUACCACGAGCCAGAUGGAGUGCUCCAAGGUUCGUCCGCAGUGCGAUGAAUGCAAGUCACAGCAUGUCUCGUGCCGCUACGCCGACAAGGCGCCCACCAAACCAUCGCAGCGCUCGCACAAAUCGACCGCUCGCAGAUCCAAGGCCUCCUUCACCUCCGACUCGUCACGAUACUCUUCUCCUUCUCCUCCCACAGAACAGCCUCCUCCCGCCGUAAACAGUCCUCCCUCCUCGCAGUCGGCCGAGUCGACUACAUCGGACGCAACACAGGAUGAACCGACUGCCAUCACCCCGACUGACUUGAGCUCGCAGGAUCAACGGCUCCUCGACAACUGGCAGACCACAACCGAACUGUCUCUCACACCGGCCAAGAGCAAAGAUCGCUCAUGGCAGUCCCUCAUCCGCCGGGAAGCACCCAGGCAUCCCGCCCUCCAUCACAGUGCGCUCGCUUUGUCGGCCAUACACCUCGCCUCGAAGGGCAAGACGGGCUCGUCAGAACGAAACGAGAACCUGAAAGCGGCGGGACAUCACUAUAACCAGGCGGUGGAGAAACUGUCGAAACUCCAGGAGAUGACCACCUCGUCGGAAUGCAACUCGACCUUUUCCGCCUCGAGCAUUCUCUUCAUGUGUGACCUGGCAUCCUCUGCGCUGGACGGAGAGGAUUGGAAGUCCCCAGAUCGUCCCGAUCGCGAUCCAAGUCCAACCCCCCAGAAAGCCACCUCGUCGCUGGAAAAGCUGCUCGACCUUUUCAAGACAGUCCGACAGCUGAUCCCCAGCAAAGAGACCCUCGACACCGCCGAAAAGGGCGAACUCCAGGAACUCUUCACUCGCGCCGACCCCUACCACCAACUGCCCAGCACAUACACCCUCACCAUCCUCAGCAUGCGCAACCUCAACAACACAACGGCCAAGGCGGACCCCGCACACGAAACAAAGGUCUACGACGAGGCCAUCACAUACCUCGACAACUCGCUCGCAAUGCUCAGCAAAGGCGGCGACCCGACAAUGGUCGCUCUCCGAUGGAUGUUCCGCAUCCCGUCGCGGUACAUUGAACUCGUGGAGGAGAAGAAGCCGCUGGCGCUGAUUGUAUUCGCCCACUACUGCGCGGUCCUGCAUCACUUGCGUGACCGGUGGUGGAUGGAUGGGCUGGGCGCCCGGCUGGUCAAGGAGAUCUCGCAGCUCCUCGAACCCGCGCGGAUGAAUUCCAUUCUCUGGGCCUCUGAUAUCGUGGGGGUCCAAACGUGA